GGCCUGGCUUCCCUGACCGACGAGGCACGCGACCGGAGAUGUACGUCUAACAUGCAGCCGUGUUCGCUUGACUUUCGCGGUUAACACCUGCCCCAUGCCGCAAGAGUAUACGUGCAAGCAUUGGGACAGGACAUGGAAAUCACAGGUUCGAGGGGCUUCGGGGUUGGGAUACAUAUGCGGGGGGAAACGCCAGGGUUCGUGCCCAUGCACACGGCAGGGCCUGGGCUGUUUGGCCACUCCAAGAGAUACUCAAUGUGCUAGGGUUCCUCCGCUCCUUUGCCGCGAUAGUUUCUUUCAGCAACUCGGCAUUACUCAAGCGCCAGUGGUGCCGCCCCCUAGCCCAGCACCCAACUCCCAACGCAGGAAGCUGUUGCGAGCACUGCGCAGCUAUGCCCUUCGACCUGCUUUCAGGCAAGUUCGUGCCGGAGAAGUCGAACAUCUGGCGCGACUGUGUGGACGGCCAGUACGACUGGGUGCGCGAGCACGUGCUGGAGGGCGCGCCGCUCAACGAGGCAGACCACUGCGGAGACCCGCCGCUGCUGCUGGCGGCAGGGAACGGCCACAAGUCGUGCGUCGCGCUGCUGCUGGAUGAGGGCGCGCACAUCGAGCAGCGCAACGUGAUGAAGGAGACGCCGCUCAUUCGCGCCGCCCACAACGGCCACCUGCACACGGUGCGCUACCUGCUGGAGAGGGGCGCGGACGUGAACGCCAUCGACCUGGGUGACAACACCGCGUUGCACUGGGCGGCCAUGCGCGGGCACGUGGAGGUGGUGCGCUGCCUGCUGGGCGCGGGGGCGGACCGCGCCGCAGCCAACGCGCAGGGCCGCACGCCCCUGGACCUGGCGCAGCCGCAGUGGUCGCUGGCAUACAAGUUCGUGCGCGCCGAGCUGGCGGCAUGAGGGCCGAGGAUGUAGUGGGGAUGACGGGGGUGUGCCGUCAGUUGGCUGCAAAGAAACGUUGCGGUCGUGCAGGUUGAAGCGGCGACACGCAGGGGUCGGUGAUCAGACGUUACGUAGGGAUGGGUGUGCCGUGGUGCUGCGGGCUGCCCUCACCAGCUGCAUAGCUCGGAUGGCGUCCUAUUGUAAGUCCGCAUCAGU